GUCUUUGGUCGGCGUCACUGAACCAGCUUCUUGACAAAGUUUAUUUUCCAUUAUACACCCACAUACAUAUAGUAGGUGCCGUAUACUGUAGGCAAUGCGCACACUCUGAGCUGGCACGGGUCCGGAAACAAUCAGCCUUCCGAUCAUGUUGGGGCAUCAUCGAGCGUGCAAGAAGCGGGGAAAGUAUAGCUGGCGUCCAUUGCUACGACGACUUGGUGGGGGUUGUUCACUGCUGCUGUUGUCGUCGUGCAGAAAACGCGCAGCACUUCAGCAUGCACCAUCAGGUCGGCCAAGCCGUUGGCCGUCGCGAAGUGAGUUUAGAUGGCAGGGACGACGGCUCACAGCGCCCACCAGUGGCCGGCUUUCGCUCUCCUAUCAAUUCCGCCGGACGAAUGAGAGCCACCUACCGCGGGGCCGGCACACGGCUCGCAAAGGAUUGGGCGGCCAGCAUUUGGGAUUUGGAGAGGAGGGGCAACCCAAAAAGUUAUCUGUAGCUUCUUCGCCAGGUCCGAGAGUGCCCCAAAGCGAGUCCUGGCCAGCUGUCCGGGCUGUAGAGUGCCCAGUCGGGGGCCAGAGAGGGUGGGCUUGCUAUUCGCUUUCGUUAGGUGGUGGCCGCAGCACAUCGCGUCCGCCGUUCGUGGGGAGACAGAAGCAACCUAACACUUACACUUGCUUCCUUGUGCGUCAACACCACGACAACCCAAAAAAAACAUUGGAAUGCCUACCAACCUUACGACAUACACUAGAGCUAUACCUAGCCAUCUCCAAUACCGAGCUAUCUCCAAUAGAGAGCACUGGCUGGAUGUCUGGUGGUCGGGCGGAUUGCUCCCGGGCUCCCGGGCUGGCGUGUCGAAGGCAUUGAUGGGGCUUGACGGUCUUGGGGGUUGACUGGCACAGCCCAGGCAUGGAUCCGUGCCUGCAUUUUGUGUGGGGAAAGGAGUCGCGCGACUCUGAACCUUGACAACGUGGUCGACUAUGCCACUGUAUCAUGAUCAAAUAUAGACAUCUGCCUGCACUGACCAUGUCCCUACGAUGACGACGAUGAUGUGAGAGUCUCAUCAGACAUAGCCAGGUGCGUUAGGGUAAUAAGCGAUGGCGAAGAAGGGGUUAUUGGCUGCAUGGGCUUCGUUCCCGAGUUGAACACCAUCCUUGGAGUUAGUUGGCGGUCCCUGAAACCAUCAGAGAGAUUUGGGCGUGAUGAGAAGAGCGCCACUUCCUUGGAAUUCCUAGCGCUAAGUCGUCCUAGGCACUCACUAAAACAGGCGCUCAAAACCCCCGUCAGUGUAAGAUAUGUCCCACUAUGAGUAGGUAAGAUGAUGUGC